AUGGCGUGUCCUAUGAGAUCAGCGAUCGACGAAAUAAAUGGCCAAGAAGGCGCACACCUUGGCAACGAGGCCGGCAUGCUUUACGGGGAAUAUUUGAUGCUGGAUAAACUGCUGUCUGCGCAGAGGAUGCUCAGCGCUGAAUCUUCUAAACCUGUACACGAUGAGCAUCUCUUCAUCAUCACACACCAAGCCUACGAACUCUGGUUCAAGCAGAUAAUAUUUGAAGUGGAUUCUGUGAGGGCAUUACUUAACGUGGAAGGCUUGGACGAAAGCCACACCAUGGAGAUAUUGAAGAGACUCAACAGGAUUGUGCUCAUCUUGAAACUGCUGGUGGAUCAAGUGAUGAUUUUGGAGACGAUGACACCGCUCGACUUUAUGGAUUUCAGGCACUAUCUCCGUCCAGCAUCAGGCUUCCAGAGCUUGCAGUUCAGACUACUAGAAAAUAAGCUUGGUUUGAAACAAGCCCUGCGCGUGAAGUACAAUCAAAAUUAUCAAACCGUGUUUGGCGACGACCCUGAAGCUAUGGACUCCUUACAAAAAUCUGAACAAGAACCUGCACUGCUAGCGCUGAUCGAGCGUUGGCUGGAGCGUACUCCCGGACUGAACACGCACGGGUUCAACUUCUGGGGGAAAUUCCAGGCAACAGUCAAUAAAAUGCUGAAGGAAGAUAUAGAGACUGCUAAUCUCGAGUCCAUAGACGCCGUUCGCCGCCAUCGGCUUCAAGACGUGGAGAAUAGAAGGGAGAUUUAUCGUUCGAUAUUUGAUCCGACUGUGCAUGACGCGCUCAGGUCCAGAGGAGAAAGGAGGCUGUCACAUAGAGCACUCCAAGGUGCAAUAAUGAUCACGUUUUAUCGCGACGAGCCUCGGUUCUCGCAGCCGCAUCAGCUCCUCACCCUGCUGAUGGACAUCGACAGCCUCAUCACGAAAUGGCGUUACAACCACGUUAUAAUGGUGCAAAGGAUGAUCGGGUCGCAACAGCUCGGGACCGGGGGCUCGUCUGGCUAUCAAUAUCUACGGUCAACAUUAAGCGAUCGUUACAAAGUCUUUCUUGAUCUGUUCAAUUUGUCCACGUUCCUGUUGCCUCGCGCCCUGAUACCGCCACUGGACGAAGACAUGAAACGCAGCCUCAAUCUCACCUGGGGAGACAACGUCAGGGAAAACGGAGACGAGACGACCCCGCAAAACGGCCUUGAAGCUUCUUUAUAACGAAAAAUUAUAAUGUGUCCUGACAAUAUUUUUAAGACAUAUUUUAUUACAUUUUUAAUUCAAAC